CACCGCUACUCUUUAGCUAAAGAAACUCGAUGUUAAUAAAAUGGUGGACCAAUAAUAUUUGUCGUUAUUCAGCAGUUGAUAAAUUUGCUUAUUUGGGAAGAAAUUCGUGUUGAGAUUUUAUGAUUUUUGUUAAAGAAAUUAAAUGUAACUUGGUUUAGUACGGUAUUUGCUUUUGAUUGAAAUAUUCUUAGUAAUUGUUUUGUAUUGAAGUUAGACUUAUGCGAACUCCAUUUCCAUGAAAUCUCUUGUAGUAUUUCGGGCUAAGAAAAAUGACUGUUUUAUCAUCAGCAGAAACAGCUGAACAACCACCGAGGAAAAAGUUGUGUUUAUCAGCAUCUAAGCAAUUACAAUCUAAAUCCUAUGGUUGUUCUCAAAAUAAUUCAAUGGCAUCACCGCUUGAUCAGCCUGCUAUUCGGCAUAUCAAGCAACAACAAUUACAACAGCAGCAACAACAAAUUAAUUGUUCUUGUGACAAUGAAAGUAAUGGGACACCUGGAGUUGCUACUUUAUGUAACCUUGGCAAUACAUGUUUUCUUAACAGUGUAUUGUAUACAUUAAGAUUUGCACCAUCAUUUUUACAUAAUCUUCAUCAUCUUAUUACAGAGCUACAAGAAAUUACUGGACGUUCAACUUAUGGACUUAAAGGAAAAUGUUCUUCAUUGGGACGAAGUACAAGCUCUGCUAAUAGUAAAUCGUGGAACUGUCAGUCAUUCAAUGCUAGCAUUAAUGAUCUUAAAAUUAUACAAGUGACUGAAAGAUUACAUCAAGUUUUUGAGGCUUUGCACAAUUCUGAAUUGAAGGAUAAUUCAGAUCCUUAUCAACCUGAAGUAUUUUUGCAAUCAUUAAGGGAUGUUAAUCCUAUAUUUGAGGGAAAUCAACAACACGAUGCACAUGAACUAUUGGUUUGUUUAUUGGAUAAUAUUAGAGAAGGAUGUAAAUUAGUUAUGCAAAAUUCUGUCUCAACAAAUUGUACUGUUCCAAGUACUCCUAUUUCACAACCCACACCAAAUAAAUUAAAAAUAUUUUCUGGUCAAGUUAGAAAAUCUUUAAAAAUUACAUCUAGUAGUAAAACACGUCCAGUAAAUGGAAUGUUGCCUACAUUAACUAAUACAACAUGUGAUAAAGUACUCCCAGAAAAUGAAAAUUUUUCUGGUGAUAAACAAAUAUAUGCUGUGAAUGGAACAGCAAGUGUUUUAUCAGAAGAUAUUGAUAGUAUUCCUAAUAAUAGUAUUAGUAGCAGCAGUAGCAAUUCAAUGUUUGAUGAUUUUCAAGGUAUCUCAUUAUUGCGUACUACUUGUCUUGAAUGUGAAUUUGUCACUGAACGUAAAGAAAGUUUUUGUGAUAUUUGUGUUCCAAUUAAUGGUUCAUUUAAAGAUGAUGUAUCUCCAGAAUAUGAAUACAAUUAUUUUGAUUAUGAUAAUGUGAAUAAAUUAUAUCAUUCAGCAAUAGUAAAUGAAGAAUACUUACAAGACACUGAUAAAUAUUGGUGUGAACAGUGUUGUCGUUAUAAUGAAGCUAAACGUAGUGUUGGAUAUGAAACAUUACCUCGAUUAUUAACAUUACAUUUGAAGCGCUUUUGUACUAAUUACCGAGCUGUUGUUUCUAAAGUUAAUGAACAUAUGCCUACUCCAUUAACACUUGAAUGUUUUUGUGAAGAAUGCCUAUCUCUUGGUGCUCAACAAUUACAUCGUGCACAUAGUUAUCAAUUAUAUGCAAUUAUAAUGCAUUUAGGUGCCACCAUAGCAUCUGGACAUUAUGUUGCUUAUGUCAAAGCACAAGAUAACCUAGAAGAAUAUGAUAAUUGUCCAAGAGAUAGACGAAAAACUGGAAGUUUAUUAUCCACACCGAAUGGCACCCUACCUGCAAAUUAUAAAAAAUCUUCAAUAUCAAAUGGUCUUUUUCGUUUUUUGAAAAUAUCUUCUAAAAAUUCUUCAACAGCUGGAAGCACUAGUAGUGUAUUUAGUGACUCUAUUGAUUCUGGUAAAGCUUCAUCAAUAGGUCGUUGGUGUAGAAGUUUGGAUUGUUGUGGUAUUCGAAUUUUAGACAGUUCAGAAGGAAAUGAUAGUGUAUGGUUAGAGUGUGAUGAUGAAACUGUUAGGACUAUGUCUGUUACACAGUUAACACAAAUAUUAGAAUUUAAGUCAUCAAAAAAUUCUGCUCUAACGCCAUAUCUCUUAUUUUAUGUUAAAGUCAAUCACCAAGGUGAUUAAGACUAGUAAAAAUUCAAUUAUAUACUAAUUGAUAAUAAUUAUUUUAUAACAUGAUUAGAAAAUUAUAAAUGUUCAUUAUCAUUACCAAAGAUUUAUCAACUAAGUGCACUAAUUUUCUCAAUAAUUUAAAAUUUAAUAAAAAAUUUAAUUUAAGCAAAAAUUUAUAUACCUACUUGUUGUUUUUGUUAUUUUUAACUCAACAAUAGAUAGUGCCAAAAUUAAAUUAAUUUGUAAAAAUUAAUAAAAAGGCUGUGGUUUUACAUUAGGAUGAUUAAAUUUUAAAAAUUAUUUUAAAUCAAAAUGUAAUUUUCAAAAAAGUAAAGGACUUAAAUAAAUAAAAUUCACUAUUUAAUAUUUCAAAUGGUUAAAAUUUGAUGAUUUUUUCCUCUACUUAUAACUAUUCAUCUUUUCUUUGUUUUAAUUAUUGUAACAUAACUAUGUAACUUAUUGUUUCUUUUAUAUCAAAAUUACCACAAGUUUAAUGUGUAUUGUAUUGGUUCAGAUAUGGUUGUGAAGCUUUUUGAUCUAAAUCUUUUAAAUUAAUAGUUAAAAAUGUGAUAUUUUGUUUAGAAUAUUAAGGACUGUUAAUCAUUAACUGUGUAGUUAAAAUUUUAAUAUUAAAGUAAUAUAUUUUAACACAAUUUCAUUUGUGUAUUUAAAAAUUAUAGAACACAUGAAAUAACUAUUUCAAAAUUUAUUUUAUAAUCACUUGUAUAUAUACUCAGUAAAUCUUGAUAUACAUUAAAAAUUAUACUUAUUUUUAUUAACCUAAACAAUUUUGUCUUAAGAAUGAAUUGUCUUCCCUUGUGGCACAAAAUGAUUAGCUUAUUUAGUCCAUUUUCUAUGUAAGUCUGUAUUAUAAUUGUAUAAUAUAUUUUUAUUUUAUUUUAAAGUAUACUUUUUUUGUUUAAUGUUUAUUUCAAUUUAAUUAUUAAAUAUUAUUGUUAUUGCUUAAAUUUUUGGUUAAAAUAAAUAAUUGCA